GUGGCAGCAAAGUAAAGUCUGAAGCCUUGGAAAUGGUUGGCCUUCCUCCAGCACCCAAAGUUUCUGUUGUCAAAGAGGAGCCUGAGGAAGAAAUUGACGAUGUGUCCAUCAAAGAGGAACCAUUUUCUUAUGGACAAGAGGCUUCUCCAACUAUAGAUAUCAGCCCUGCACCUGCACUCUCUUCUUGUGUGCUGUGCAAGACCGAAGCUCACGUUGAGGCUCACGACGCCAACACAAGCGCUCCUCAGGACAUUCCUGCUCUGUUGUCAAAUAAGUGCAUUGCUGGUGGGUCAGCACCGGCAUCGGGAGACGCUGCUGGUGUCACUGAUGCCUCUGGAGCGUCCAGCUCCAAGCAGGGCACGAGGCUGGCGUCUUCCCUGCGUGGAUUGGUGCCUGCAGGUGCAGGCAAAGUGCAGCAAUGCAUUUAUGUGGCACAGCCUGCUUCAGUACCCCACCGCUGCUCUGCCUGUGAAAAUACUUCAAGUUCAGAGAGGGGACUGCAGCAGAAUAUUAAUGCAGUGCAUUCUAAAGAAAAACUACAGUGCCCUGAGUGUGAUUAUAAUUGUAUCACAAAAGGGUCCUUGAAAAGGCAUUUACAUUGCAAGCACUCUACAGAAAAACCUAUUCAGUGCUCCAAGUGUGAUUAUGCUUGCACCACAAAAUGGGCCUUGAAAAGUCAUUUGCUUCACAAGCACUCGACAGAAAGACAUAUUCAGUGCUCCAAGUGUGAUUAUGCUUGUAUCACAAAAGGGAAUUUGAAAAGACAUUUUCUUCACAAGCAUUCAACAGAAAGACCUAUUCAUUCUACAGAAAAACCUAUUCAGUGCUCCAAGUUGGAGCAGGCUGGUGGCUCCAAAUUGUUCAGCACCUUGGUUGUGGUGCACGAGAAGUGGUUGCUGGACAGCAUUCAGUUCUACCAGGUACAACCAUACCAGAACUACCAAGUGGCUGCUGUUGAAGAUCUCAAGCGCAGUCUCCACCAAGAAAUUCAGGAUAAUUUGAAUUAG